AUGCCUGCAACCACCCAGUCUGAGAUAGACACGCUGUAUAGCCAGGUACACAGACGCUUAGUAGAUUCAGGAGAAUGGGACCGAAUCAGUUUGUCACUGAAAUAUAAAUUGAACGACGAAGGAUGGAUUGACCAAUUGCGAGGGAAGUCCAAAGAGCAAGCAAGAGUGAUGGAACCUCUGUCCUUGCGCCAGUUAUUAGAACUUGUUGAGCCGAGCGCACAAGCUUCUGUCCCAGAGACUGUCAAACACCAAACUCUAGUCUUGAUUCGUCAAUUCCUCGAGAAGCAAUUUGAUAACUGA